AUGGAGAAAAAGGAAGAUGUUCUUUACUGUUUUCAAGACAGAAACUCUUCUUGCAGAAAGGCUUUGCUAUCGACAUCUACCUACAUAACACUGUACAUCUUCUUUUCAUUGAUUUCAGCGGUUACAGUAUUUUUGAACGUACUGGUGAUCAUCUCCAUCUCUCACUUCAAGCAGCUCCACACUCCAACCAACCUGCUCAUCCUCUCUCUGGCUGUGUCAGAUCUCCUGGUGGGAYUGGUUGUGAUACCAGUAAUGACUGUAGCAAUAAUGGAACCAUGCUGGGGUUUUGGGGAAUAUUUCUGUGUGUUUCAUGCCUACAUUGCUUGUUUAUGUACUUCUUUAUCUCUGGGCAAUUUGGUCUUGAUAUCUAUUGACCGCUAUGUUGCUGUGUGUGAUCCCUUAUUGUACCACUCUAAAAUAACAAUAACAAGAAUUAUGUGUUGUAUAUCCAUUACCUGGUGUUGUUGUAUCAUAUACCGUGCUGCUAAUAUAAAAAACAUUGCAAAUGUACAGGUACCCAGUAGGUGUUUGAAAGAAUGUUUUAUUGUUGAAGGGUCAAUCUGGGGUAAUAUAAUUGACCUUCUAUUUACAAUGGUUGUCCCGUGCUCUAUUAUUAUAACUAUUUAUAUGAAAAUCUUUGUGGUGGCCAGAUCACAGGCCAGAAAGGUAUUUUCUAAAGAGGCUGUCAGUGUGUCUGGUGUUAAAACUGUACAGGCAAAUAAGUCUGAGAGAAAAGCAGCAAAAACUCUAGCUAUUGUUGUUUUCAACUAUUUCAUUUGUUGGAUUCCAACACUAUUUAUAUUAUUAUUUUUGUCUUUUUUAAGUGACAAUUUAUCAUGGUGCGUGUCUCCAUCCACUCACCACCAGUUCGCGCACCACGCACCAGCCACUGUGCGUCCUCAGUCAGGCAGAGUCGUCUCCCAGUCUGCCCCCGUCCGUUGCCAGCGCCGUUACUGCCCUCCCCAGCCCCUGAGCCGCCCCGUCUGCCCAGCACCGUCUGAGCCGCCGUUCUGCGCAGCGCCCUCUGAGCCGCCGGUCUGCCCAGCCGCCAUCGUGACCGCCCGCCUGACCAGCGCCAUUCUGAGCCGCCCGCCAGUGAACUGGCCCCAUCAGGAGCUGCGCAGAGCCGCCCCCCCGUCAGGCCCCUGCCCCGCCACGGCCAGUCAGGAGCUGCCAGAGCCGUCGCCAGUCUGGAGCUGCUCUUCAGUCCGGAGCCUGCCCCUUCGUCCGAGAGUUUAA